ACUUUCUCUGAAAACGUCCCAAACUAAAGUAACUUCAAUUAAAUUAUUCAAAAUAGUUUUUAGUUUAACACUUGCAAUGGAUCUGUUAAGACAAACAAAAAAUGUACACACUUUUCCGUUCGAGAUCGUAAACGUUGAUCCUCAGCUAAACACUGAGCUGCUACAAUAUUUCAAGGGUGAGCGCACUGGAUUUGUGCAGGUGGGUCCUGAAAAAUAUUUCUUUCCUCACAAAUACAAAUUCGAAGCGGAGAAUUUUUACAAUUUCUCUUCACGGCCGGAUGAUAUUUGGGUGGCAACAGUUCCACGUUCCGGGACCACUUGGACACAGGAAUUAGUCUGGUUACUUGCAAAUCAUUUGGAUUUUGAUACAGCCAAACGAGAGCCACUCACAGAACGCUUUCCAUUUUUUGAGUUUUCAUUGUUCGUACAUCCGGAAGUGAAGGCUGAGUUUUUAGCUGAAAAUGCUGGGGACAGUAAAAAGCAGGAAUUCAUUGAAAAUUUUUCCAGACCCGGAUACAAUAGUCUAGCUGAAUGGCCGUGUAAUAAAAGACGAUUUAUAAAAACACAUUUUCCAUUCUCCUUGCUGCCUCCUAGUGUUAUGCAGAAUAAUUGCAAGCUAAUAUAUGUAUUGCGUGCUCCCAACGAUGUGGCUGUUUCCUAUUAUCACCUGAAUCGUUUGUACCGAACGCAGGGCUACAUUGGUGACUUCCAGCGUUAUUGGAAUUACUUUUCACGGGGAUUGAACCCCUGGCUUCCAUACUACAGUCAUAUAAAGGAAGCAUUUGAACAUCGUCAUCUUUCGAAUGUACUUAUACUCAACUAUGAAGACCUGGUUUCCGAUUUAAGUGGUGUCAUAUUAAAAAUAGCUGCAUUUUUAAAUCGUUCAAUUGGCGCAGAGGAUUUGAAAACUUUAAUACAACAUUUGGACAUUAAAAAUUUCCGCGAAAAUCCAGCGGUAAACGGAAGUGAAAUGGCAGAGGUCGGUGUAUUACUAAAAGGUGAAGCUGGCUUCGUGAGAAAAGGUGGCAAUGGAGGGCGUGAAGAGUUAAUCAACGACACUGCUUUAAAGAAUUAUGUAGACCAGUGGAUUCAUGAAAAUGUGACAAAAAUGCUUAAGUAAACAAAAACCUUUGUUGUAAUCUGAACCUGCUACAAAUUGUUAUAAAAUGUGACAAAAAUGAAAAGUGCCGUUACCGCAUUGAAAUAAAAUUACAUUAUUUGAUCAAUAUAAUAUAUAAAAACUUGAA